UCCUCCUUCUACUUCACUGCUUUCAGUCCGGCAAGCCGACCACGUGAAACUUGCUUUCGCAGCUUUUGCUCUGCUCGCGCGCUUUUCUACGCCGUGGCUUCUGCUCUGUCCCAUGGUCAGUCGAGUCGUCGUACUCCCAAAAGGCCGCCCCAUUGCCCAGUCCUCCCAACCCUGCGUUCCUUGUGCCCGCGGCUUAUUACAUUCCGACAAUUGUCCCCCCCUCCCGCCGCUGGAACCCGGAACCUAUCGAGCCGCCGACGGAACAAUUCGCCGCUUCAACAACGUCCACUCCACCUCCAAUGGCCGACCGGCCGACCCGAUCUCCGAUAGAUUGUACACUGUAAUCCGGGAAAUUCACGAAGACCUCGAAAGGUUCAGUCAGCAGUUACUCGGUACUGCUCGAACUAACGUAACCGGCCCAGCCAGGAUGGCCUCGGGCUCGGACCGGGACCUGCGACCAAGAUUCAAUAGAGACGCCCAACCACAGAACGUUCCCUAUCCUGCUUCCGCCGCUUCGUCGGACCCUUCCUCUCUUCCACCGCUCCGGUCUCUUGGUUCGAGGGGACGUGUGCCACCCGCCUUUGCCGGAUCGGGGCCUCGCGCCAGCCGCUAUCGCCCCGCUGACGGGAAUCGGCAUUCGGGGUAUCGCUCGCACUUUGGAGGCACCAUCGCCUUGGAAGAUUUGGGCCGAAACAUCCACGAGACCGACGCUCAGAUUAGAGCGCUGCUCGAUCUCAGCAAUAGUUCUAGCACCAUGCCACGCGCACCGUCUGCUGCGUCGCCGCCCUUGCACGGCCAAAACAUGGCCGAGGAGAACCGGCGUGUUAAGCGACGCAAACUGGACUCGGAUAGGGUCGCCUCAAGCUUCAAGGGCUUUCGCUAUGGCAAGUACGGCCAGGUCGAGCCCGGCCAGCUGACCAUGGAGAUCGUGAGCUGUGACGGGGGCCUGUAUGCGGACGAGCAUUCAUACCCGCCCGAGAACAUUCUCAAGAAUGACACGUCCGUCUAUUGCACCAAGAGCAACCGCUGCAACAUUGUCCUGAAGCACCAGGGAGGGACUGUCUUCAGUCUCAAGGAGCUGGUGAUCAAGGCCCCGGGGUCCAAGUUCUCAUGCCCCGUCCGUGAAGGAAUGGUGUUCGUGUCGAUGGAGUCAGAUGACCUCCUCACCCGCACAGCGCAAUACCAAAUCCAGUACCUCCCUUCCCGCACCCCCCGGCGCGGCACCGUCAUCUUCCGCCACGAAGAAGAUGGCAAUGGUGUUGUGAGAGUCCAGUCUUCACGAGCUCUGCGCGCCUACAAUUAUGGUGCCGACGAUGACGAUGACGACGACGAGGAGGAAGACGACAGUCGAACAGCGCAAAUUCCUCCGGAGUUCACCGCCUCUCCGGCUCCCUUCAAUGUUAUCGCCGAAUGCAGCGAGGACGAAAGCGAUGAGGAUCACCCCUCCCAACCCCACCCCCCUCGUCGGCGAACGCCCAAUAGAAUUGGCGCGCUUCCGUUCGAGUCCGACAGCGAAGACGACAGCAUCCAGAUAUUUGGCGGACCCUACCGGCACUGGCCAGCCGCAGACGAAGACGCCAUGCGCGACCCGACCGGUGCCGCCGCCGCCGCCCGCAGGCGCUACCGCUUUUCCCGCAGCGCCCUCUUCGACCACCUCACAAACGGCAGCAUCCCCUUAACAAGCAGCAGCACCGCCGGCAACAAUCGAAACGGCAGCGGCAACAUGACGCUCGAGGAGGCGCAGGAGGCGUCGCAGAUUGCGACGCAAGAGGCCGUGCGGGCCGUCGGCGGCGAGCUGAUGGCGCCGCUGGCGCACUUCUUCAUCGAGAAGGACAAGAACAAGUGCACCGUGCGGUUUGAUCCGCCCGUCAGCGGCAGGUUUAUCUUGCUCAAGAUGUGGAGCCCGCAUCAGGACCCCGGGAAGAACAUUGACAUACAGGCCAUCGUGGCCAAGGGAUUUGCCGGGCCGAGGUACUGUCCUGUUGUGGAGCUGGCGUAGAUGGCUGCGUGCAUACCGUACAUAUGGGCCCGGUUCUUGAUCUUUUACGAGGAGUUAGGGGGUCGGGUUGGGGUUGGGUUGGUGAUUGGGAACUGGACAUAAAGCGGAUUGGAGUCGGAUCAUGUCAUUCAACAUCACAUUUGCCAUUACAUUUGCCCACCCAGGUGGGAAGGGGCAGGGCUUGGUUUGGACCUUUUUACUGCGCUGGGCUGGCUGCCGUUCGGGUAUGGGGGCAGUUUAUGAGGAGAGGAAAGUUGUGAUGCAUGUACCAAGUCUCAGCGAUGUGUUGACAUGGGCUUAUGAAUGAAUAGGAAUGAUCGAAGUGCUGUUAUAGGACGCU